AUGCGCACCGAGGAUCCCAAGGAGCCCUCGCCGUCCAAGAAACGCAAGAACGAGGAGCCUCACGAAGAGAAUGGGCUCCCUAACAAGCUCGUCGCAGGCCCCCAAAUCUGGAUCUACGGCCCGUCACCCCGAAAAACCUGGAAAGCGAGCGAGAGUGUCUUACAGCUGCUCGGAAUGUCACCGGCGAAAGCAGAAGUGCGACCGCCAGAUUCCGUGUGGACAUCUCGCAAGGUUCCCGAGCUCUGCAAGGGAUAUACUCCAGGCAAGAGCGAGAAUGACCUUCAUCUGCGGAUCGCCAGGCUGGAGCGAAUCAUCGAACAGGCGUUGCCAAAUUUCGCUCAUGACUCGCUCUCCGAUCAUGGAUCCCCGACUCUUCACAACGAUGCUCGAUCCAGGGCAAGCAGUCCCGACGACCCAGCGACCAAGGGCGGCUCUCUGCAAAGCGGUGGUGCAUACUUCGGAAAUAGUGCCUUGGGGAGUGUAGCCUCCAUGCCCAUUCUUGAGCAGCUUCAGAGCAGCAGCUUUGUGCCUACCCUCGACGAGCCUUCGCCGUCAGAUAACCUCAAGUCUCUUGUCCAAGAGUGUGGUGUUGCCCCUCACAAGCUCCCAGAACUCGUUCAGGAACUCCCGCCAAAGGCACUCUGCGAGGUCUUGGUGGACUACUAUUUUACAUCCAUCAACUAUACUCGCUAUCCGAUUGAUGAAGUCGGCUUCCGGGCAUCUUUCGACUCUAUUUGCAACAACGGGCACCGUGUGCAACCGGACGACGUCCGUUUCCUUCCUCUCCUCUUUGUAGUGUUGGCCAUUUCCGCCAGGUUGGCGCCGGAGAACAUCCUCGGCGAUGAGCGUAACAGACGACUCACGAGUUUACGCUAUUACUGGAGCUCCCGACGGUCACUCUUGAUUGCCGCGGCUGUCCAAAGCGACUCGUUGGAGCUCGUGCUUGCAAGGUUGCUGAGUGCCCGGUUCCUCACCUUUGACCGGAGGAUUACCGAAUGCUGGAGCCAAUUAGGAGCGGCAGUCCGUACAGCACAAGCAUUAGGACUCCAUCGCGAUGGCGCCCUUCUUGGCUUGAAUCCUUACCAAACAGAGUAUCGGCGCAGAGUCUGGUCCUACCUCUAUCAUGCCGACCGAACUCAUGCCCUGUUGAUGGGCCGUCCACAUGCGAUUCAAGACGAGUAUACCUCCACUCAGCCACCUAUGAAUGCGGACGACACCAUAACUGGACCACCACGCCCCGUCCCUUUGACCCAACCUACCCCGUGGACAUUCUUAGUUUUGCGACAUUCUCUUGCAACGAUCAUUGGGCAUAUCGUCCAUCACUUUCAACGAGUACGGAGCCACAGCCACUAUAAUGAUGUUGUCGCAUUGGACGAGGAGCUUUUACGGUUCAUGAAGAAUCUACCGCCGCAUUACGCAGUUGACGACCCAGAUACGAGUCUCGAUGAGAGUCAUCCAUACAUUCCCGUUCAUCGUUUUAUCAUCGUCACCGAAGUUUUCUUCGUCCGCAUCUCCCUUCAUCGUCCAUACCUCCUUCGACGCCUUUCCUCCGAUCGUUAUGCGCUCUCGAGGCGAGCCUGCUUCGAGUCAGCUCGUCAAGAGUACAGGAUUCGCCAGCAGUUCAAGAAGACGAUGCCACCUGACGUUAUUCGCGCGCUCGGUGGUGCAUACAGAGAGUUCCAAGCGGCUAUGAUAGCUGGUAUCGGCCUUAUACUUGAUCCACAAUCAGCCGAUAAGCAUGAACUUCAUGAAGUUAUCAAUGGGUUCCUUCGAGACCACGAAGGACUUCAUGAAAUGGACGCGACGACUCGCAGAGAGCUCAAGAUUAUCGAAUUUUUGAAGAGAAAGGCAGAGUCGGGUCCAGAGGACGGCAAGUUCCCUGGAAUGGGAGCUGCACAUGCUGGAGAAGCUCGUGCUCAAGCACAAGCAAACGCUUCGCUUUUGAUGGGACUUGGCGGACACUCGUUUGGCAUGCACGCUUCGACGUCGUCCGGUCAAAAGCCGAUUCUACCUGCACUUCAGCAACCCGCAUUCCACGGCGUUCAAUCUACCCCGUCACCCCGUUCGCCUAUGGAUGGGUCUCCCCGACAUGGUCACGCACGACAUCAGUCACGAAGUGCUCUCUCGACGGGAUCCUAUACUCCACCGACCGAAGAAGCCCAAAGUCUGCUCGACAAUUGGUGCAAUAGUGUUAUCAAUAGCUCUGGAUUCGGCGAGCCAUCUGCUGCAGACUUUACGUCUCCCUGGGUGCCUGCUCCAACACCAGGCAUGUACGGAUUCCCAUCGGUGCAGUCUGGUGCUCCAGACGGUAUGGUGGAUGUCGAAGGAGGACCUGCUACAAUCAACGGGUACGAGGCGGCGGAUUGGACCUACUGGGAAACGAUUGUCUCAGCCAUCGGACGAGACGGCGGUGCUGCAACGACAUGA